GCGCGGGCCGGGGAGGGAUCCCCGCACCGCGGGAGCCGCUGCCACCGCCUCCUCGCAGCCCCCGCCGGCUGGCAGGUGCCCGGCGCGCUCGCACUCCGCCCGGCCACCAGCUCCGUGGUCCGGCCGUCCGCUCGCCAGCCCGUCGCCCGCGCGCCAUGCAGCCACCGCCGCCGCCAACCCCGCGCGCGUAGGCGCCCGCUGCAGGCCAUGCUGCCCCUGCUAGCUGCGCUGCUGGCCGUCUCCUGCCCGCUGCUGCCCGUCCGCGGAGGGGCCGCGGAGGCGCCGGGCCUCCUCGGGGCGCCCCCUAACGCCUCCGUCAACGGGUCGUCCCCGGGCGAACCCGCCGCUCCGCGGCUGCUGGCUUCGGCAGCCCCGGGGCCCCCGGAACCCUCGGGCCCGGAGGAGGCGGCGGCGGCGGCGCCGUGCAACAUCAGCGUGCAGCGGCAGAUGCUGAGCUCGCUGCUCGUGCGCUGGGGCCGCCCGCGGGGCUUCCAGUGCGACCUGCUGCUCUUCUCCACCAACGCGCACGGCCGCGCCUUCUUCGCCGCCGCCUUCCACCGAGUCGGGCCGCCGCUGCUCAUCGAGCACCUGGGGCUGGCGGCCGGCGGCGCGCAGCAGGACCUGCGCCUCUGCGUGGGCUGCGGCUGGGUGCGCGGCCGCCGCCCCGGCCCGCUCCGGCCCGCCGCUGGGGCGCCCACCGCCCUGCCCGCCUACCCGGCAGCCGAGCCCCCCGGGCCGCUGUGGCUGCAGGGCGAGCCGCUCCACUUCUGCUGCCUGGACUUCAGCCUGGAAGAGCUGCAGGGUGAGCCGGGCUGGCGGCUGAAUCGCAAGCCCAUCGAGUCCACGCUGGUAGCCUGCUUCAUGACCCUGGUCAUCGUCGUGUGGAGCGUGGCCGCCCUCAUCUGGCCGGUGCCCAUCAUCGCCGGCUUCCUGCCCAACGGCAUGGAGCAGCGCAGGACCACCGCCAGCGCCGCCGCCACCGCCCCCGCCGCAGUGCCCGCGGGGACCACCGCGGCCGCCGCCGCCGCCGCCGCUGCUGCCGCCGCCGCGGCCGUCACCUCGGGGGCGGCGACCAAGUGACUGCUCCGCUCUUCCCCGCGUCCGUCCCGUGUUCGCGCUCUCGGGUGCCUUUCCCGCCGGGAGACUCGCCCGGUGCGCUUUGUGCUGUAGUGACCGUUAGUUCCUCCGGGGAGGGGGCCGCCAGAAAGGCCCCAGGGUGUCUGAAAAGCAAGGUUUGUGCUGGCUUCUUGCUCGGAAAAAGCUUUAUGUGAGUGACCCCUGAGACUGAACGGUGGGACCCGCAGCCCUGAAGACGAGAGGAGGGAAAUGGGCCCUUUCCCCUCUAUUGCACCCCCCUCCCCUCUUCCUUCUUUGCACCCACGUGCCCUAUAUUCAUGGCAGAAAAUGACCAAAUCCUGUGUAUUUGUUUUAUAUAUUUAAUAACUGUUUUAAAUGAAAGUUUUACUAAAAAAAAAAAUCAAAUUGCUAUUGUUGUAGUAAGAGACGCUCUUUAUAUCCGAACAUAGUUGUAUUUGGAGUUUGUUGUUUUUUUAAUUUAUUUAAAGGGGGAGGGGGCGGCAUGGGCAGGAUUUAACGCUGGUAUGUUGUUAGCGCUGCGGAUGAACUUCACGAAGCUUUUCCAAGUCGAUCUACCCAGUGACGUGGUCUGGUGGGCGUUUCUUCUUGUGCCUCUGUGGUUUUUUGGCUUUUAAUACAGACAUUUUCCUCCAGU